UAUGUUAUAGUCUUUGCUCAGAAUAAUGGGUCUAAAUUUUACAUAUUGGCUAAUUAAGAGCUCUAAGAACAGAAAGCAAUGGACAUCUUUGCUUCUGUGCUUUUGAGUUCCAGUUUGCUUCUUUUCUACUUUGUAUUCUCGGGUGCUGCUGAAAGGCUGAAAGCAUUACUCAAUCCCAAUUCCUCAGGGACAUUGAGAACACAACCUUGGUCUCUAAAGAUGGUGGCUUUGUCCUGGGGUUCUUCAGUCCAGGUAAUUCCAAUUACCGUUACUUGGGAAUUUGGUACAACAAUAUCCCAGUUAAAACGGUUGUUUGGGUAGCAAACCGGGGCAAUCCAAUCACAGACUCGUCUGGCGUGAUGAUGAUAAACAGUUCAGGUAGUCUUGUUCUUCUUGGCCAGAAUUCGACGUUUGCUUGGUCGGCAAAUCAAACAAAAGAGGCCAGGAAUCCAAUAGUACAGCUUUUAGAUUCAGGAAAUCUAGUAUUAAGAGAAGAGAAUGAAAAAGACACAGAAAAGUAUUUGUGGCAAAGCUUUGACUAUCCUUCUGAUACGUGGCUAGCAGGGAUGAAGCUUGGAUGGGACUUAAGGAUUGGUCUGGAUAGGCGCCUAACUGCAUGGAAGAGUCCAGAUGACCCCUCUCCAGGAGAACUGAGUUGGGGGAUUAAACUUCAUAAUUACCCAGAAUUAGUCAUGAUGAAAGGCUCCCAGAAGUACUUCCGGUCCGGCCCAUGGAAUGGCCAUUUUUUCAGUGGUAUGCCAGAGUUACAGGACACCCAGCUUUACAAGUUCAUGUUUGUCUCCAACAACGAUGAGGUAUACUUCAAGUUCGACAUGAUUCAAAAGGUAACCACAAGAGCAGUUUUGAACCAAUCACAGUAUGAGCGCUACAUGUGGGUCAAAGAACAAAACGAAUGGAGCAUGUUCUUGAAUUUGCCAAAAGACAAAUGUGACACUUAUAAACUAUGUGGUCCUUAUGGAAAUUGUAUCAUGGGUGAGUCACCUGUCUGUCAAUGUGUAGAAGGAUUCAAGCCUAAAUCACUACAAACAUGGAACCCAGAAGAGUGGUAUAAGGGAUGUGAACGCAGUACGCAAUUGAGCUGCCAGGAUAAAGAGAAAAUUCGGUUUGUUAAAUUGGCUGGUCUCAAAAUGCCAGAUACCACGCAUUCUUGGUUGAACGAAAGUGUGAAUCUUGAGGAAUGCAGAGUCAAAUGUUUGAAUGACUGUAACUGUAUGGCUUAUUCAAACUCAGAUACUAAAAAUGGAGGUCGUGGCUGUGCCAUGUGGUUUGGGGAUCUAAUUGAUAUUAGACAGAUGGCAGCUAACAAGCAGGAUGCUAAUAGCCAGGAUAUAUAUAUUCGAAUGUCUGGUACAGAGCAAGUGCUGAAAAAUCAGCAAAAGAGGAAGGUGAUUGUAAUAGUUGCGGUUGCCAUUGCCGUAGUUUUUGGGGUGUUCUUGAUUCCCUACUGCAUUUGGAAAAGGAAAAGCUUGAGAGAUAACAUGGAGAACAAUGAGAUGCUAGACCAGAACAUUGAACUCCAAAGUGAAGACUUAGAGGUCCCAUUCUUCAGCCUAGCAACCAUAGUCACUGCCACUAACAACUUUUCAAGUGAUAACAAGCUAGGUGAAGGAGGCUUUGGACUUGUAUACAAGGGUAUACUAACAGAUGGACAUGAAAUUGCCGUGAAAAGGCUUUCACGAAGCUCUAUACAAGGAUUGAAUGAGUUUAAAAAUGAAGUUAUGUUGAUUGCCAAAUUGCAACACCGUAAUCUGGUUAGGCUUUUGGGCUAUUGCAUUGAAGGAGAGGAGAUAAUGCUAAUUUAUGAAUAUAUGCCCAACGGAAGCUUAGACUCCUUUAUUUUUGAUGAAACGAGAGCUAAUGUUUUAGGUUGGUCUAUGCGCUUCAAUAUUAUUUGUGGGAUUGCACGAGGGCUUCUAUAUCUUCAUGAGGAUUCUAGAUUGAGAAUUAUACAUAGAGAUCUCAAGACGAGUAAUGUAUUACUUGAUAGUAAGAUGAGCCCAAAAAUUUCUGACUUUGGCAUGGCUAGAAUCUUUGGUGGAGAUCAAACUGAAGGAAAUACAGAUAGAGUGGUUGGAACUUAUGGUUAUAUGGCACCUGAAUAUGCCAUUGAUGGUCUAUUUUCAGUAAAAUCUGAUGUAUAUAGUUUUGGAAUAUUGUUGCUGGAGAUAUUAAGUGGAAAGAAAAAUCGAAGGUCUUUCCAUCCAAGCCAAGGUCUAAACCUUGUUGCACAUGCAUGGAAUUUAUGGAAAGAUGGCAAACCUUUAGAACUAAUUGAUACUUGCUUAGAGGAUAGUUGCAUCCUAUUGGAGUUUGUUCGUUGCCUUCGUAUAAGUUUCUUAUGCUUGCAACAACAUCAUGAGGAUCGGCCUAACAUGUCAUCUGUGGUUAUGAUGUUGCAUGGAGAAAGUUCAUUACCUGAACCUAAAGAGCCUACUUCCUUGGUAGGGAAAAAAUUGUCUUCAUCAAGCAAGAACCCAUCCCUUUCAACCAAUGAAAUUACUGUUACACUGUUAGAGGCUCGAUAGCUAAACUCCAUAUCCAUUACAUUAUACUAAGUGCUACGUCCA